AUGGUACACAUUGGCUUUCAAAAACGAGAAAGCUUGAUGAUUACAGGGGUAGAUUUGAUACGUCGUGACGAGUUUAGUGCUUCAUAUUGGGAUAAUGCUGGAGGAGCUAGAUGGGCAUUUUUUGCCAUAUUCGUCAUCUUAAUAAUAAUAGUAUUAUUGGGGACAUUGCGUGUGAACAAGAAAAGAGCUCGUCAGGGGCUUCAACCAGUUUAUGGUACUAGGUGGAUGACUCCGCCUUCUUAUGGACAAUCACAACAUCAAUAUGACCAACCUGAUCAUCGAAGAGAUCCUGAUUUGCCUAGUGCUUAUGUUCCAACAUAUACAGCCACGGCAAAUGAAUAUGAUAUGGGUUAUUAUGAUGCCAAUGGGGUGUUCCAUGCUAACCCCAAUGCUAAAUCACCAAUACCCCAACCACCAAAAGUACAUCAACGAUCAGAAAGUACCACAGUUACUGAUGAAAAUUCACAUAAUACACCAGGUGGUGCUCCUAUAGCAUCUAAUUUGCCUCAUGAUUUGACAGGCAAUAAUCAGCAUGUUGAUGAUAAUGACAGUAUUGGUGAUUUCUAUAGACCACCUCAAGGUCCGCCACCAAAUAGAAGCCUUACGUCUACAUCACCUGAAAAUACAAAUACAAAUGCAAAUACAGAGACAAACCAAAAUCAUACUUCUAAUGUAACUACAGAAUCUAUGCCAGGAUCUUUUCUGAGACCGUCAGGACCACCUCCACAAUCAUCGUCGUCGUCGCCAUCGUUGCCGCAAAAUGCAACUGGAAAUGAAAUCAGAGAAUUUGAUAACCCAAUUCCCACAUCAUCAUCAACAUCAACACCAAGUAAUGGAGAUAGUUUACCCAAUUAUUCCGAAGGAUCAAAUCCUCCAAUUAUCAAAGAAAAGAAUUAA